AUGAGAAUGACAACACCAACAAUUGACUGCGCCGACUCGCAACACGCGAAAGAGGCGCUGUCGACGUGGUAUGAUAGGGGUUCCGACGCAUCAUUCGCCCACGUCCAAGGGCCCCUCAGAUUCGGACCCCGCGAGAGGGCUGACGUGGUAAAGGUCUUGCGAGAUAAGGCGGCGGCCUCUAACGAUGAACCGGAAAUCUUGUACGUGGUAGCAUCGCCACGCCAUGUCAAUAUCGUAAACGAGCAACUGCAGCCAGGCCAUGCCUCUGCAACGGAGACGAAUCGAAAGGUCACCGUCGACAUCAUACAGUCGAAUUGGCAGAGUACAAUCCGAGAAGACGACGGGAGGCCGGCGAUCCUGGUCUUCGAUGUCCAGGAGGAAUGGGAUGCCCACUUUUGCAUCGCCAUGGUGGAGCUGUCCUACUUCGUCAAAUCUUGGUGUCAAGACUGGCAGGCAAAGCUGCGGAUUGUCUGGCUCUCGUCGGCACCGUGGGAUCCUCUGAUCAGCCGGAUCAUGUCGAUAUCGCAUGGGGAAGGUGACGGAGUAUCGAUGAUGAGAAUGCGCCUGUCGGGAGCACGCGAAAGUUUCGACAAUCUCCGUUGGACCGUGUACAAGGAGUCGUGCGCAGACGAGAGUCAGUUGCAGCUGAUCGCGAGCAAUAUUCUCGCAGACCACCUGGCACUACCGCCAGGGGACAGACGCAGCGCUGUCGUAACGGUUGUCAUCCCCAAAGAGGAGUUGACAUCGGCUAUCACGGCCAUCGCCGCGGAUGCGGAGGAAAUGUCCGGGAUCGUGAUCAAACAAGUCCCAAGCACAUAUGAUAUCAAUUCGAUGAGAUGGGAGGCCGAAUUUCCACCCUUGCGCCAUCUGGUGCUCGGUGGCGAGAUGAAUGUAGACGCCUGGCACCCCAGCUACAACCAAGUCAUCGCAGUCGACAGAGUCCUGUCGACGGCCGCCAUUAGGCUUCUCGCGGCCAUGGCAUAUGCUGACGGCGUAGAUCCCACCAAGGUGACACUGCACACGUCAGUCCCGCCCGGACGCCUUCAUCUCGCGGAGCAGCCCCGCAGAUUUGAAGAGACACAAUUGGCCUCUGUCAUCGCGGCGUCGUUCGCGAAGCUCCCACGUGCCGACAUCGAUGUGCUGAAGAGCGUCCUCUGCACAGACGUCCAGCGCUGGGAGACAGCCUUCCACUGGCUCCGACUGGCUCGGUUCAUCGAACCGUCCGAUUCUCACCCGGGGGGUUUCGCGAUGGCCUCAACCGGAAGGGCAUCUAGGACAGCCACGUGGCUGUUCGUGGUCGACUACGACUUUUCUCUCGCGCACUUCCUCGCUGCCAACGACGACAGGACGCCACUGGAGUCGUUCGACGCCAUUCUCGACAUCGGAUCGAUUUUGCUCUCAAUCAAGAGAGUCAACGAGGGGCUGGUUAAAUACGAUAGCCGCCGACACAGUGAGCAAAUGGACAGGGGUAUCAGGCCGGCGACGAUCGCCGACGUCAUGGAUCGCGAAUGCUCCGAUAUUCCACCAGGAAUCUCCGCCACGGGGUCCAUGUGGAUGAUGCUGGGCCUCUACCGCCGCGUGCUGCGAAAGCUCAAGCAGGGCACCCUGAUGCCCGGCAAUCGUUUCUGGAACCCCGAAAAUGAGCUUUUCACAGUCAAUAUCGGUGUGCUUAUGCACGCGCAGAGAAUUGGAUCGGGUUUCCGACAAAUGUACGAGAGGUUGGGGAUCACGCCUCGUACCGAUGGAACGAGGCCCUCUAGACUCACCCAAGAUGACGUCGACUUCGUUCGGACCGCUAUGGUCGAGGGCUGGGCCCACCGGCACGUCCUUGCCGAUUACAGAAACACCCUUCCCGAUGGGAGACCGUUCAUGUUCUCUCCAUGGACGGGGGGGGUGUACAGGCACAACCUGUCCAAAGGCACAGGCUUCUUUCCAGGCGAAUCUUUCUCGACUGAUUCGGACGGUAAGGCCUUCAUCAUUGGGACGUCUUCAGUCAUCAAUCAAGGGGACGUUCUGUUGAAGCAUCCUACAUGGAUCCCUAGCUGGAUUGUAAAUGAGUGGAUGGUGGGUCGGGAUCUACAGUUGGACGACCUAUGGCCUCCUUAG